UCGCCUAAACACCAGUCACAGCAGCUGCUGCAUGCCGAUCAGCAGAACGACAGCAACUGGCGCGACUUUCAGCAGCAGGACUGUCCCUACCGCUUCUGUCCGCUCUAUUGGACUCUGCUGCCUCUCUGUCCAAAGGCACCCUGAGGUAACAGGAGGAUCCAGCAAAAAGAAGCACCACCAUCGCCGCCGCAGUGUCAGGAGGCUGAAGAGCAGCAGCGGCAGCAGCGGCAGCAACGACAGGGACACAUAAAGCCGAGGUGGCAGCUGCAGUAGCGGUGCGCGAACCGGAGCAUUCUCUCAGGCUGGUGAGAGCUUAAGCACCUGGAAAAUCCGAGGCGCCAUCCAGUGCCUAUUGGUCCAGCAGCAACAGAGGUCUCAAAUCUAAAACGCUGUUGAUUUCGGCUGAUCGACCUGCAACAGAUCUGCGAUAGAGCCGAUCAUUUCGCCGCACGGCCUACCGUAGGCAUUCAUGCACGCAGAACACCUGCAUCCUGUGUCGUGAUUAAAGAGUGUAUUGCGGUAGAAAAUUGCCUUUCGUUUGCAACGCAACCAAUGGGCGCCAGUCAUUUGUUGUUGCAGCUGUCACAACCUGCUGAAUAUCAACAAUGUUAAACAAGUGACUUUGCUUAACGAAGCUUAGAAGGAAACUGUAAAGCCAUACUUACUUUAGAUCUGGCGCCGGCAUCAGCGUUGAGUUAAUCAUUAUCGGGAUGCACAAUACCGUCAUCGCUACCGUGUCACAGUGAAACAUGGCUAACAGCAACAACCGCAGAAUACGCGCGUCAACAAUAGAAAUCACCGUGACGGGUUGACGACGGCGUGCUAAAAAUGUCUGUGUGUCAGUUCGCUGUGUAGAGGGAGGUUUGAAGAUUCGCUUAGGGACGGGAAGACAGCCGCGUUUUUUGCUGGCGUGUUCAGUGCUUCGCCUCGGUGUCCCUCAAAGCCUCGCUAAAGAGUCAUUUUGAAGACACUGUUUCCAAACAUUACUUUUCGAUGUGAGUUUCCUCCCAGUUCGUGACUGUGUGCCGUGUCCGAUGCGAAGUGUGUUGUUAACGUCGACCGUGUAUCGGCGGCGUUUGUCUAAAGAUUUUCCAUGUCAAAUUUUAGAUUGUGAAUGUUGACAAAAUCGCAAUUAGUGCUGCUGCCAUAACCGUCAUUCUACGCAAAAACAAAUUAAACACAAAACAUGAUAUGAAUGAACCCCUAUAAAAAGCUAUUUUUAACAACAACGCCGAUGCGUACGGCAGAAUGUUACCGCUGAGAAAAAACUAAUCCUUAAGGAUGUGCUGAUAUGGCUACGAACCUAAGCACACAUGCGCACGAUCAAAGCUCGUUUAGGCGCAAGUUGUUGUUAUUCUCGGUACCCCAUUUGUACAAUUAGAUGCGCCUAGGUCGAGCAGCUGGGCCAGUGUGGUAUCUAGUUGCUUGUGUAUUGUGUGUUGCAUUAAACCAUGAUUCGUGCUGAAAUCAUACGGUUUCGUCAUUAUCACCACCGUGAGUAGGAGUAACGGUAACAGAAAGGUUAAGAAGGCGGUCGUAAUACAGAGAUGUUACAUUGAGAAGGCAAAGCUGAAUACCCAUUUUUGUAUAGUGUGCUCUUGUCUGUGAUGAGGAAGAUGAUGAAAAUGCCAGAAAUCGGCAGGGCUAUCAGAACUACUGUGACUGAAGCCUCGAUGAAGUUGUAUCAUGACGUGGAAAACAUCGACAAAGAUAGGCAAAAAUUAGCAUUAGCAGGAACCGCGUGUACGGCGAUAGAAGUAAUCACCACCGCCGAUAUCUUCGCCGGCAGCAAUAGUAAUCGCAACACAAAAGUCCGCCUGAAUUGCUGAAUGAGUUCGUGACGCUAACAGAAUUCUAUGUUGCCAUACUUUUUAUGCUUAAACUGGUCAAUCACAUAGUUCACGCACGAAACGAAGCGAGCUUUCCAUCACUAACACAAUUAACGCUGUUGACGAGGAUUAGUGUCGAUAUCGAGAAAAAUUUAUCGGUGAUCCUCGAAGUAAACGAGGCUUGCCAUGGUCAUCGGGGAGGAAAAUGGAUUACUGCACGUGUUUCAAAGAUUAAUAAUCAUAACUGUAAGUAUGUAAGCAAGCUGACCCGGCCACGUAUCGAAAUAACUUCGGUAACCCAUCUAAUCAACUUACAAAGAUUGAUUUCACUUGUGCGCUAUUGUUACGGGAUUGUCACGAGUUCUUAAAGGUGUGAGACAGCUAGGCACGCUCAGAGGCAAAGAAGAAGAAGGGGCUGUUGCGACCGAAUCGACAUAAGCUGAGUAUUAGUCAGAAAACAAGCAAAGUGGCCUGUUCGCCUAUCUUUGCUCAUUUGUCAGCCUGAGUCGAAUCGGUUCAAUUCAGACGAGGGUCUGGGCUUAUUUUUUGGUCUUCCUUCCUUUAUACGCAUCUGUUGCCAUCUCAGGGUGCUAGAAAGGCCGCUGCCCCUAGCGUCAUAACGACGUGUACCUAAAAAGACGGUGUCAGAUCACAGUUAGAGACAACGAACAGUGAAACGGGUGAAUGGCGGAACUGAGGUUAACGUUUGUCGUUAGAAAACGCCGUUGGAAGACGUCAGCGGCCGUGAGUACUCGCAUAUCAAACUUCAGCGCACGUAUUACCCUACCCGAGAGAUCAGACAUUCUGAGAGCAGCAGCUGGAGGGGGCGGAUCAAUGCACAGGCGGUGCAGUGACGAGCGAUAUUUACAGCUAUGUUAAUAGCAAUGAGUACCACAACGUGUGGCUGACUAGAGCGCGAGUCGCGUCAGAGAAGCCAAUAAGAAAAAAAAAAUAAUGAAAAGACGCGCGAUACGUUAGAAGCGAACAGCGAUGGUGUGCACAUAUGCCAGCGGAUGGGAAGCAGGACAGAAAGUGUGAGACAGAAACAAUGAUAAGUAGGAGUAAAAAUAAGGAAGGAAAGAAGAAGAAAAACACUGCGAUAUCGUAUUUGUGUCGUGUCUGUGGGCUGGAAAGAAAAAAUGAAUAGAAAGAGUAUUCAUUUUGCCGUCAUUGUUUUCACUAUCGUCAUUACUACCAUUACUUGCACAGCAAUCAGUAGCCCAGUGUGACGUAACGUAAUCGGGUUACGCUAAUAUACUAUGAACUAUUGACAUGAGCAUCGCCUAUAAUCGGUUACAGAAUCACCUGUACGAGCGGGUCGAUAGACGAAUGUGAGUGGUGGACGCUGUAGGCGCAACUCAAUUGAAAAGUAGGCAAUUGUCGUUACGACGCUAUCUUUGACCAUUACACAGCCGUGAUUAACCGAAUGAGCAGCCGGUAGCAAUAACGAAUGGUGUGGAAAGAGAACUGGGAGCAUUUUUGUAACUGGGACAAUCUGCCUUCUUGUGUCACGACGACAACGGUAGUAACAAAGAGCUAGAAACGACGAAAAGUUACAAAAUCAGCGAGUCAAAACAGCGGCAGAGGGAUGGCUGGCAUGAUAUCGCGAAUAGCCAUCGUACGAACCGCACAAAGCAUUCUCAGCCUGUCUUGACCUGCUGAAGGCCGUUAGGUAAAAGGCUAUAGUGUCACCAGGCGUUUCCGUCGUUACAUGAAGUCUGCGAGCCGAUUCUGGUCAGAGCUGUCUAGUAUACCUGUGCUCGAUAUACCUUGGCCCUUCUCAUCGUAUCAUAGUGCUCCUUCUGUGCCAGUUUUGCCAGCUGCAGUCACACACAGCUAAAACCGUAUAGACACACAAGAGAUUCGUAGCGAUAGUCACGGGAACGGCGGCGCGCGGAAGAUGCGAAGGCGAAACGUCUUUCGAGUUGGACGCGUGUCGUGCGCCUUUAAGUACAUGAAAGAGUCACAAAAUAAGUGACGACUGCCAGUGACAGCUAUGGCUGUCGCAAUGACAUCGACGGCGUGAACGACGAAGAUCAACACCUAAAGUUAGGCCGGGAGUUGCCAACUGUGUUGGUACCUAGCUAUCGCACAGCAUACGGCAUUGACGUCGUCGUGUCUGUGGGUAGGAGGGACAUACGCUCCCUCCUUCACGCUGGCUGUAAGAUGCCAGUAUAGCCUGUCGGCCUCCACUUGCUCACUUCACUGAGAACAAGGAGGCCGAGUCACUGGUCUUUGUUGACGUACUGUUUUACAGAAGCAGCAUCAUUAAGCCAGUGGUAUCGUUAAAGGCAUGAAAAGUUGGUCCCUGGUCUGAUUGGACCUGCUGUUGGUACCACCACCGAGCAUGCUGGUGACUAGGUAGACCAAGGAGAGCCCGAGCUAAUUGUCAACCAGAAACAACAACAACAGAUAAACAGUGCAGGCUCAUUCACGAGAGGAACAGGUCGAUGCUGAUUCGCUAACGCCAAGGCAUAGACUGGCCGGCCUGCCUUUCCUCGCGAGCUGAGUCGUCAGUUCCAUCUGAAUAUUGUCUACCGGUCUACCGGUGAGUUCGACGUCGUGUUGGUCAUCCGGUGAACGAGUGUUUGCUGGCAGUAUUCGUAGCAUCGCUCUGGCUCUUAUUCAUCUUAGCUCGAUGAUAGUGUCGUCGCACACCGGUUGACGGCGGAAAACAUCUGCUUGUUUUAAGCUAGAUCGCGCAGGACACCAGUCAAGACUAUUAGACCAGACUGAACGGUAUCUUUAUGGUCGUAGACAAAUUAAAGCCCGACAGAAAGUACUUCCAUGACAACGGCCGCGACCACAGGUAACAACAACAAAUUUAGAAACGACAGUUACUGAUGAGCCAGCAUCACAUGUGCAUUUUUUUCCAAGAAUUGGUCGCCCAUAUUCCUGCCACCUUGCCAUACCAGGUAGUUCAAGUUUUUAGCUGGUAUAACACAAAAACAGGAUCGAGAUUGGUAUCAUCUAUUUUCGCAACAAACACUUAUUCAAGUCAUUGCAAAAGUUAUAGUGGGCGUACACGCGCCCACUGAUACAAACAUACCGAGAAUGAUAUAGUGGCGACUAACCUAUGUAACUUAAACACGCGGACAUCAGACUCGCAUGUGGCCGGUCAAUCAAUAGAAACCCAACUGAGUUGGACGAAGCCGUCGUCCGUGCUACUAAUACCUGGGUGAUAUCCUACAUCUUUACACAUCGUGCGAUACUAUUCACUGUUAAAAAGAUCACGACUCCACAAGGUCUUAUCAAUGUUAUCACGGACAAGAAAGCUGUCAACAACAAGCCGGACUGAAGACGAACCGAGACCAAAAAUUCGUUAACGGAAGCAGCGUCGUAAAUCUUCGUUUUGUGGGUCCGUUUACCAGAUUCGUAACGGUUCGAGAAUCCCGUGUCACGCUACGGAUCUGUAUGGAGUGCGAGAGUCAUCGUAAUACGUGAUGAGCGACUCAUACGUCACUGUGCUGUAACAUCAUUGUCAUUUUGAUUCUUUAAGGCGAAAAAAAUUGAUUGCAUGUCGAAGUACGCCCAUACCUGGUCCUAUUAUAACGAUGUACGGUGUGGCUAACUAGUUUACCGGAAGAGUCAUAUAUCUAGUCAAGAAAAGGAUACUGGUGCUUAAUUAAUGGGUCGGCCGCCGGUCAGUGAUUGAUCUUCUACGUGAUCUCGUGUGUAGUGGUCCGGUGAUUAGCUGGCCCAAAGUGCUUCAAAGAUCAGUGAGUGUUUCGGUGGGGUUAUCAUACGUUCCUCUAUGUUGAUUCUUUUAUUAUUCCGCAGUAAUAGCUGUAUGGUCGUGUCAUCAGCAUUGUUCGGAUCGGACCAGCCACAAAUCGGACCGGAUCGGAUCGGAUCGAAUUUUCGAAGGAUCUACUGUUGCUGGGUUGAACUACAUUCGCGUGUGCUUGAUUGCUAGCGGUAUAGCCUGCCGCUUUCCUAACGGCAAUGUGGAUACCUGGUCAAGCCCGACAGUCAAGCGAAAGAAACUAUAGCGGGCAAAUCAAGCUGGCGCCUCUGAAGUACGCCCCUGCUCAGUGCGUUCAAUAGAACAGCAACUGUUUAUGGGCGAUCUCUCUCGGUCGGCCAGUCAGCUCUCAAUUCGCUAGUUAGUUCGUCAUUGCUUUGACGCGAUCGCUGCUGAGGGGCGUUCAAUAUGCCGGCGUGCUCGUCCGCCACUGGAUAGUCUGCCUGAAUGGCAGUCAACUUUUGUUAUACCUUUACUGUUUUUUAGGAAUACACUCAUAUCGAAGCCCUGACAUACGACUAACUACACAUUUACUUCACACUCCUGAUUUUUCAAGGUAUCACACAUCUGCUCGGCGCUGUCUCUAGCGUUUUUUCUCUAUAUAUUUCUCUUAUAUAUGCCGGCCAUUUCGUGAUGGCCCGCUGCUAUUGUAGCUCGCGCUUGGUGUUAUCCAGCUUACCAUCGAGGUUAGCUUUUAAGGAAAACCCUUAUCGCGGCGGUAACAGCAUUGGACCGGUGAACGCCAGAUGAAAGGGCGGCCGCAUGCGAUCUCAAUAACUGAAUCUAUCGCUGCUGGUCGCUCGAUAUCUGUCUCUAGCGCUCUUCGUCAAUGUCUUUUCCAUCGCUGCUACUUCGUUCACACGUUGUGGUUACGUGCACGUGUUCCUUUUGAUUUAUUUCUAAUAUGGCUACAAGAUAGUGUUCCUGUUAUUGUUUCGCGUCAUGCAGAGCUAGACCUUAGGCAUUCGAGUCGACCUGAACAGCAGCGGACGGUACAAACAGACAGCUACAGAAAUCCACCAAGGAUCAGACGAUCAUCCACCUUCUUGUGGCGCUUAGUUGGUGUAGUUUGUCGCGAAACGCGAAACGGUGAAGCGGUCUAGAAGGUCAAAUCUCUUUGUAGUGAGAGGUAGUUUGACUAAUGGAUUCGAUACGUCCGGCGAACGUGUAAACGCCGCCUGAAUCCCACCCCCCAGGGGUAGAGACAGGCACAAUCGACGCUACUCCUGCUGGUGCUGAUGAUAUAUAACAAUAGCAUAUGGUAUAGGUGUUUCAGUCAGUGAGUUUAUACGCGAAUUUAUAAGGAUUUGCACUGACUGUUUAGCUGUGGGAGAACUGACUUUUUUGCUAUUAAUAUUUUUUAAGUCUUUCUGUCGGACCGAAAUGAAAGUCAAGUGAUUCUAUGUUAUAGGUACACUUUCCUUGGAGAUAACAACGAUACGAAGCCUCAGAGUGAUGUGGGUUCAGCUCGUAUAAGCAAGGAACUUCGUAGCAAAGGGGGACGGCUAGACUGGCAAUCCGUAACAAACUUCGAACUAACAAGAAACGAUUCUUUGCAGCUUCGGAGGCCACUGCAGUUAUUCGCGACUAUGGACAGAACCAGGAUCGAGAUUCCACAUUCAGGAUGCUUCCGGUCAAUUUUCCAGUAGCAGUUAUAACAGCGAGUUUCGUCAACAUGGAGUCACCUCAACUUCAUUGGCGGGACCCGCUGGGAAUAAUAGGACCCUUAGCAAUAGCAACAACAACAUCUACCACGAAGUUUACGAAUCAAGAAGGGCCCGCCGCUGAAAGCGUUAAUGGGCAUUUAACGCCUUCCGCCGACAACAACAACCGUAGUAAUAUAGGUUAUAGCAACAGUGCUCAUUCGAAGAUGUUGCGUUAUCACUCAGCGAGGUUAACGAAUGUACGCGAACGCCACCUACGGAGAGGUCGAAGUCGCUAUCGAGACCUGGAAACAUAUGUCAGUGACAACCUAAAUAAUUCCAGCGGUAGUUGGGGUAGCUCAACGUUAAUUUCCUUUAAGAUGUGCAAUGGAGAGAUGGUGGAAGGCACCGAAGAGCAGGUGACGCCUCUAGAACAAAUGCGGCUGCCAGAGCCAGAGACGGCUGUUGCAUUCGAUGUCAGCUCAUUGCAGAAGUUCUGCAGCUUAGCGGUACCAACCGUGACUCGCCCAGCGAAUCAACUGAAUGACAGACCAAGAAGGCCACUUUUCUCCGGCAGGACCACAACGGCUAGUGAAGACGAUGCUCCAUCGUCAGGGGCGCCGAUGCCCUUCUGGUCCGCUGAGGUCCGUAGCAGUAAUAAGGGGAUCAUUCGAUCGCUUGCGUCACCACUAAGGCUCGUCCUACUGCUCGUCUUCGUGUCGUUGGUGUUCACCGUACCCGGCGCUUCGGCAACGUCCCUUGAUUGCGACUUCGAGGGACCAUGCCUCUGGCAGAGGGAGCAUGGCUUCGUACUGAAUGCGCGGAAAAAUGCAAGCUUUUUUCAGCGCAAAAGGAUGGACCCACCGGAAACGGAUGGGUCUCGUAAUGAAAAGGGCCACUAUGCGCUCACUCUCGGCGUGGGCUUCAGGCUGCACCUGACUAACAUACCGCCUGUUACGAAUGAACAAUGCACCCUGUACUUUGACGUCUAUAAACUCAAUUUUUCUAACGCAAAAAUUAGUGUGUUCCUGUCGGAACGACAACACUCCAAGGAAAUGUAUUCGGUGGGUGUAGAUAUAAUUAAGGAGGAAAUAUGGCAAACAGCUAAGAUGCCGUUGGCGCGACAGCAACACAGCUUCAAUCUCACGAUUGAACUGCACUCCUCUGCGGUACGAAGCCACCAGGGUCUUCAGGCCCUACAGGUGGCUCUAAAUAAUCAUCUUAAUAUAAGCGGGGGUGCUUUAGCGCAUAAAAGAAUCAAGCCACGCGAGGUCGCUUCACGAGGCUCGUAUAUUGCUUUAGACAAUAUUCGCCUCAAGGACUGCUUAAGAGAGGUCGUCGAGAGUUGCGGACCUCGAACACAUCAUUGUAACGAUACUUCUGGAAAUGACACGGUGUGUGUUCCUGCAUCGCAACUUUGUGAUUUUAGGCCCGACUGUCCGCACGGAGAUGAUGAAAAUAUGCCUCUUUGCGCACAAAUCCCAGACUCAGCACGCUGCUCGUUCGAGGGCGAUUCAUUUUGUAAUUGGACUGUCAGCGCACCUGGUCGGGACUCCGGAGCUGCCGGUUUUGAAAUCCGCCGGAUUCCUCUUGGUGACACAAGAAGCGGACACGGGAACAGCUCCUCGACCCCGUCGAGAGGCCGAGGUCGCUAUCUGUGCAGCCGACGGAAACGCGCUCCCAAUAAUCUUCAGCCGAUCUCGCUGGUAUCACCCCUUUAUCCAAGGCCGCCGUUCUACCAUUCCGAUAAUUCGUCUGCGUACUUCCACAGCUGCUACUUCCGUUUUUUCUAUCUGCGGCCCAAGCGGCUGGGAUCAGCCGGGGCUUACAUCGAGAUUAAAGAGGAAGAUCCCAGGUACCCCGAUGGACGCGUAAUGGAGGUGUGGCCACGUAAAGACGACAAAAUGGUUACGGAUAGUUGGACCGGCGUCCAAGUAGUCCUGCCAACGAUGUUGCGUCAUCCGUUUCGGGUACUGUUGCAUGUGCAACACUUACGAGCUGCGUCGGAUGCACAAAUCUGUUUCGGCCUGGACGAUAUAUCGCUCAGUCCCGAAUGUUUUGGGCUUGGCGUCCCAGCUAAUGAAACCCGCGACUUUCCUGUCCAUUUUAUGCACGAUGAUCCUGAUUCUGAGCGUACACAUCCUGGCAAUAUCUCUUUGAAGUACGAAUUCGACACAUGCGGGGUGACUGGCCGAUUGGGGCCUUCGGACGAUCAGUGUCGACAACGUUAUCACGCGCCAUUGUCUAAGAAUGUCCGCGUAUCCAAAAGUUUGAAAGGGGUACAAAUAUGGCAGGUUCCCGAAACCGCCAUUUAUACAAUCUUUGCGGUAGGAGCUUCAGGCGGACAGGGCCUCCGUAGCGCAGGGCGUAAUGAAGGAGCCUACGUUCGGGCAUCAUUCCGAUUAACUAAAGGAGAAAAGAUUUACAUCCUUGUAGGCCAGAAAGGAGCGUCCGCUUGUGAUGAUCCACCGCGUGCCUACCAGGAGACAUGUGUACGAAAUAGCGGUAAACAAAGACGAAAACGUUGGGUCAGCCUCACUGGGAAUACCUUUGAAAAUAGCUAUCAUUUUCGACGUCCGAACGGUCCCGUUUACGACCGUUGGCUUGAGAUUCUUGCCGAUCCCGAGUUAAAAAGAGCUCGCCGACUGCUUCGAGAUGAACAGGGCGGUCGGAUCCCCGGAGCUGGAGGCGGUGGAGGCGGGGCUACAUUCGUGUUUCGUGAGGAUCCACCUUCAACGGCAAUCGUGGGUACCUCGACACCACUUCAUGGCGGUAGUUUUACGCCGUUGAUUAUUGCUGCUGGAGGUGGCGGACUUGCAGCUGACGAAACAGAUCAGGAUGCAAAAGAGUCUGUGGGUGAUAUCUUUUAUGAGGAGGGCGCGUUUGACGCCAGCAGCGCGGUUGGUGGAUCGAGUCCUCAAGCGCCGGGGAGCAUUACAUCAGAUUUGCCAGCCGUCGUCGAUCCUGCGACAAGAGCAGGCGCAGGGGGCGGCUGGUCAGGACGAAACGGGGCAUCCGCGUCAGUUGAUGGGCGUGCCCUACUUGAAGGGGCAACGGGCGGGUUGCCAUGCAAACGUUACGAUCAGUGGCGAACCUUUGGGGGUUUUGGAGGAGGUGGCGGCGGAUGUCUCGGCGGAGGUGGUGGUGGGGGUUGGCGUGGAGGAGACGCUCCUUCCGGAAGUUCAGAUUUACGUGGCCGUAAUGGCGCUGGUGGGGGUUCGUUUGUGCUGAAGAGAGAGGCCGUUGAUCGCGCAACUGUUUACAGUGGCCUCCAGCAUCCUGCCUACCUCAAAUACUAUCGCAAUGUUAAAAUCAAGGCGGAUGUCACAUCUGGAUCAGGUUUUGUUGUUGUCGUAUCUUCACUUCACGUUACGUGUCCAUGUAAAGAGCUCUGCAUACCUGUUUGGUUGGCCACACGUGCAGCGAGUCCGGAUCAGCCAUCGCUUAAUCCCCGUUUCCGAUGCGCAUGUCAUCAGCAUCCCGCUCGGGUCGUCAGUCGAAGUGACAAUGUGUCGUGUGUGCCAGCGGGCUCGGCUGCUGCAUCAGAGAACUCGGGAUUGCCUACCGAUCUGCAACUUUCCUACUUCAUGAUGUUACUGAUCUGUAUACUCGGCGCCAGCAUCCUUCUCGGGCUACGAUGCCCCCACCGUAAGGGAGGCGCAAAUGUAGAACGCGACUCCCAGUUGCUAGGGGCACGCCGAGAACAUUCAUCGUCUGCGGUUGAACUGCAGCUUAGUCGGUUGCGCCAGCAAACCGGCAUGGUAACGGAAUACAAUCCGAAUUAUGAGUUCGGAGGAACAAAUGGUGGACUGGAGUUGCCGGAGAUCCCCAGGGAAAGCCUCACGUUGGUCAAGGCUCUGGGCCAGGGAGCGUUCGGCGAGGUAUACGAAGGUGUACUGACUCGUUUCGUGGGCGACGUACUUACCGAGCUCUCGGUCGCCGUCAAAACCCUGCCAGAGCUGUCGGCACCAGACUCCGAGAAGGACUUCGUAACGGAGGCGGUCAUAAUGAGCAAAUUCCAGCACCCCAAUAUCGUGUCCUUUAUCGGCGUCUGUUUCGACCGAAUGCCGAGGUUUAUCGUUCUGGAGCUCCUGGCUGGGGGGGACCUGAAGUCAUUUUUACGGGAGUCUCGGCCCAAACCCGGUCGACCCGGAAACCUUUCCAUGGGGGAUCUGCUUCUGCUUGCAGUGGAUGUUGCACGCGGAUGCCAGUACCUCGAAGAGAAGCACUUUAUUCACCGGGACAUUGCGGCACGGAACUGCCUUUUGACCUCACGUGCGCCCGAAGAGCGCCAGGUGAAGAUCGCCGACUUCGGCAUGGCUCGAGAUAUCUAUAGAGCGGAUUAUUAUCGUAAGGGCGGAAAGGCGAUGCUGCCUGUAAAAUGGAUGCCUCCUGAAGCUUUUCUCGACGGUAUGUUUACCAGCAAAACGGACGUUUGGUCAUUCGGUGUUCUCCUUUGGGAAGUUAUGUCGAUGGGAUAUAUGCCAUAUCCUGGGCGUGGAAAUCAGGAGGUGAUGCAAUUGGUAACUAGUGGUGGAAGACUAGAACCGCCUGUAAAAUGUCCGGGGCCGGUGUACCACAUUAUGACCCAGUGUUGGCACCCAUCGCCGGACGAACGACCGGCCUUCGGAACUAUUCUCGAGCGGCUUGGCUACUGCUUGCAGGACCCCGACGUGACGUCAACAGCUCUGCCCACGUUCCAACGAGCGCCGUCCAUCGAGCGACCUGACAUCGGAACCGGAUAUAAUACUCAUGGUCUGGGCCGAUCUUCUGACCCUUGGGCACGCGGUGGUAAGGACAAGCAAACACCAGGAUCUGACUUAACGACACAUCGGUCAACACCUGGCAGCGAGAGUGCUCCGCUACUGUCAUCGCCGCCGCCUGCCGCUGCAGAGUCGAACUCACCUACAUCACCUUUAGACGACUAUAUGGUACCAAUGGGCCAGUUCGGGCAGUAUGUGGGAGCCCCCAGCACAGAUCUGGUGAGUCGAGUGGGCCCAUUGUCACCCUUCUCGCCAACGGUGGGCACACCUCUGUCCCCAGCAUCGAUAUGCGGAGCGCAGCUUUCGCCGACAAUCCCGGCACCGCCGCCUCCACGAGCGCACAACAAUCAUAUACUAGGAUUGGCAGUCAAUGGGACGCCACAGCACGGCAGUCACGUCCCGUAUCAGCAAACGCCCCCGCAGCAUAUGUCAUAUCGAUCACAGGACGAAGCGGAACUCCCAAUUCUCGAGCCAUUGACAUCACAGCAUAAAAACACCAAAAAGAAAUCAUACGCAAACGUAGGUAUUGAUCAUCGACGAACACCAAGACAUAAAGUUCAGAGCGGGAACGGCCAGCCUCCUCCCGACUCGAAUAACAGCUUUAGCGAAAUUAGUUGUUAGAACUACCGGAUAGGCAUACAACAGUAUCGCUCUGUCACUACGGCCACAGACCAUAAAAUGGCGCACCUUCAUCUGCAUCGCGUCUCAAACGUUAUGGUCGAUAAAAGCGACUGAUCGGAAACCAACCAUAAAAGUACUCCGUGAGUGCACGCUAAAUUACGCAAACGACAUUGUUCAAACAAUAAUCACCGUAAAUUUUCUUUGAGUAAAAUCACUUGUUCCCUAAUAUUCAAUUAUGAUAUUCUUAGAUAAGGAACGAUAACCUGUCGAUAAUGAUGACGACGACGACGAUCAUCUCUGAUCAUAACGGUAAUGAUUCGAGAUGAUGUUCUGCACAGUCACACGGUGAUGAUGAAUGCUUUUACUUUAAGCAUAACUACUGACUGAUAUAUGUGCCGGUAGAUAAGAGUAAUAAAGUAAAGGGAGCGGAAAAGCAAGCGAACAAGUACCGGCUCGUCUUCCCAGCCUGGAAAAAUCCUGAAAGUGCUUGAACCCUCGCUGGUUUACCGAUUGCUAGAGGACAAGGUCCCAACGGCCUUACCGUACAGCCGACCUCUUCCUUAUGACAGAGCUGCCAAAGGGAAUCAUUGCCUUGUAAUAUGGCUGAAUCCCCGCUCAGAUGUGUGGUCAUCGGAGGUACUCAACUGUGGUCUGUUGUAAAUACUUGUUGUUUCCUGCCUUCUGUUAUUUCUUAUAUAAGACCAAAUGAAGAAACAAGCGAUGCUUAAGCCGCGUAAAGUCAGUUAUAAAAUAAUUCUUAUUAGUUCAAGUUGUACUCGUAGUAGUCAUAGUUGUUAAUAUGGUAUGCUUACGGUAACUGGGACUGUGUAUGACAUAAGAGAGAGAGAGAGUUCUCUUCUACAGUAGCCACUGGCCAAAAACUAGGUUUCAAUUCGAGAUCCGGUGCUUAACAAUUAAGGUCCAAGUAGCACAGGACAAAAUUUGCGCUCGAUGUAUAGGACCACAGAAAAGGUAUAUCAGCUCUGGUAAAUCGCCAAAAACGAUCUCAACUUUUAGGGAAAAACCACAUACACACACACACACACACAGCUAUAUGCACCCAGAUAAUAGGCUGCGAUCGAUUUUCUAUUUCACCCACCUACGAGAAUAAUAUAUAUAUUCUUUUAUUCUAUAAUAAUAGUGUUUAUUUGCCCAAAAUAACAAUACCUUAACUGUGAAAAGUAACGCUAAUUUUACCGUGCUUAUACAUAUGUAUUGCCUCCUGCUAGUAACUAAGGUCUGAAAAAGGUCAUAUGCACGAUAACUGGCAAGUCGUGAACGAUCAGUCAAGCAAGCAAACACACACAACGGAAGACUUACAUGGGACCGACAGCUCAUCAUUGUUCGCUUUCGGUGUGGACCGUAAAAGAUAUUCUGUGUAUUACUAUAUUACUGGAAGCUGCAUAGAUUAUUCUAAUAUUAACGGUGAUGGCGGUACGAAUCCGACUCAACGAUGGUUAUCACUGCUCACCUUCGCUAUCCUAAGACCGUUGACGCGCCAGCGAAUACGAGCUGCAGAAGCCUGAAACCUCUGCGACCCUAACGAAGCGAAACAUGACGCGGCGGAAUGCUAUUGUCUUGUUACGUUUUCCUGGAUAAUCCUUGGCGCCAUAAAUAACCCCCAACUCAUCCGUGCUGCCCGACCACGGUCAAUCGAACGACAAAAUAAUAAUAGAUCUUCAUGCUGGCUUCAAAUAUCAGAUAGAGUAGCAAAAAUGUGUUUGUACGAAG